AUGUGUCAUCAUCAUAAUUCUUCAGAUAGUUCAAGUUUAAUACCUCUGGAUAGAGAAGUAUUACCAAAUAAUGUUAAACCCCUUCAUUAUGAUUUAACUAUUGAACCAAUUUUUGAAAAUUUUACAUUUAAAGGUGAAGUAACAAUUGAUUUACAUGUUUUAGAAAGAACUGAUUAUAUUAGUUUAAAUUCUCUUCAAAUUGAAAUUCAAGAAUCUAAAUUAAAUGAUAUUGAACUUAAAAAUAUUCAAUUUGAUGUUAAUAAACAAAUUGUUACUUUUAAAUUAGAUGAUCAUUUAGUUGAAGGAGCUGAUGCUAAAUUAUAUAUUAAAUUUACUGGUACUUUAAAUGAAGAUAUGGCAGGUUUUUAUAAAUCUUCUUAUCAAGAAAAUGGUGAAACUAAAUAUUUAGCUACAACUCAAAUGGAAGCAACUGAUUGUCGUAAAGUUUUCCCAUGUUAUGAUCAACCAGCUGCUAAAGCUAAAUUUACAAUUUCUAUAAUUACUCAAAAGGAAUUAACUGCUUUAUCAAAUAUGGAUGUUAAAGAAACUACUUUAAUUGGUGAUGAUAAGAAAUUAGUUGCUUUUAAUACAACUCCAAUUAUGUCAACUUAUUUAGUUGCAUUUGUAGUUGGUGAAUUAAAUUAUGUUGAAAAUAAUGAUUACAGAGUCCCAAUUAGAGUUUAUGCUACUUCUGGUACUGAAAAUUUAGGAGUAUAUUCUGCUGAUAUUGCCGCAAAAACUUUGAAAUUUUUUGAUAAGAAAUUUGAUAUUGAAUAUCCAUUACCAAAAUUAGAUAUGGUUGCUAUUCCAGAUUUUGCUGCUGGUGCUAUGGAAAAUUAUGGUUUAGUUACUUAUAGAAUUGUUGAUUUAUUAAUUGAUCCUGCUAAUACUAAUGCUACUACUCAACAAAGAGUUACUGAAGUUGUUAUGCAUGAAUUAGCUCAUCAAUGGUUCGGUAAUUUAGUUACUAUGGAAUUUUGGGAUGGUUUAUGGCUUAAUGAAGGUUUUGCUACUUGGAUGUCAUGGUAUGCUGCUGAUUCUUUAUUCCCACAUUGGAAAGUAUGGGAAUCUUAUGUAUCAGGAACUCUUCAACAAGCUUUAAGUUUAGAUUCUUUAAGAGCUUCUCAUCCUGUUGAAGUUCCUGUUAAAAAAGUUGAUCAAAUCACUCAAAUUUUCGAUGCUAUUUCUUAUUCAAAAGGUUCUUCAUUGUUAAAAAUGGUUUCUAAAUGGUUAGGAGAAGAAGUAUUUAUUUCGGGUAUUUCUCUUUAUUUAAAGAGAUUUAAAUGGGGUAAUACUUAUACUUCAGAUUUAUGGCAAGCAUUAAGUGAAGUUAGUGGUAAAGAUGUUAAUAAUGUUAUGAAUAUUUGGACUAAGAAUGUUGGUUUCCCAUUAGUUAAAGUUGAAGAAGUUGAUGAUAAACUUAUUUUAACUCAAAAUCGUUUCUUAGCUACUGGUGAUGUUAAACCUGAAGAAGAUCAAGUUUUAUAUCCUAUUUUCUUAGGUAUUAGAACUUCUGAAGGUAUUGAUGAAACUAUUGUUUUACUGGAACGUUCUAUAACAAUUCCAAAACCAGCUAAUUUUGUUAAGAUAAAUGCUGAUCAUUCAGGUGUUUAUAGAGCUGCUUAUGAACCAGCUCGUUGGGCUAAAUUGGGCCAAGUUGGUGCUGAAGGUAAGCUUACUGUAGAAGAUCGUGUUGGUUCAGUAUCUGAUGCCAGUGCUUUAGCUUCUGCAGGUUUAAUUGAAUCCACUAGUUUAUUCAAUUUAGUUAGAACUUGGACUGCUGAAUCUAACUAUGUUGUAUGGGAUUCUAUUUUAAAUAAGAUUUCUUCUAUUAAACUGGUUUUCAUCUUUGAUGAUGAAUCAAUCAGAAAAGGUCUUGAUGGAUUUGUUCUUGAUUUAAUUGAAGAUAAAUUUAAUGAAAUUGGAUGGGAAUUUUCUGAUGAAGAUGAUUUCUCUUCUCAAAACUUAAAGAGUACUUUCUUUGCUUCUGCUGUAAGUUCUGGUCAUCAAGGUGCUAUUGACUUUUCUGUUAAAGCAUUUGAUGAUUUUGUUAAAGGUGAUAAGAAAGCUAUUAAUCCAAAUUUAAGAGCUGUUAUUUUUAACUAUGUUGCUAAGGUUGGUGAUGAAACAACAUUUGAACAUUUAUUAAAUAUUUAUAAAACUUCUGAAUCAGAAGUUAGAAUUGCUGCUUUAAGAUCCUUAGGUAGAUUCACUAAACCUGAAAUAUUAGAUAAAGUAAUUGCCUUAUUAUUACAAACUGAUGUUAUUAAACAACAAGAUAUUUAUAUUCCAAUGCAAGGAUUAAUCAAUCAUAAAGAAGGAAGUCUUAAAUUAUGGGAAUGGUUAACUACUGAAUGGGAUAAAAUUUAUAAAUUGAUUCCACCAAGUAGUUCAAUGUUAGGAUCUAUUAUUACUAUUGCCACUUCAGGUUUUACUAAACAAGAACAUAAGGAUGCUGUUGAAGAAUUCUUUAAAGAAAAAGAUACUAAAGGUUAUGAUCAAGGUUUAGCUAGAGCACUUGAUAGACUUACUAUUAAAAUCAAUUCUGCUAAGCGUGAUUUAGGUCCAGUUACUCAAUGGUUAUCAGUUAAUGGAUAUUCCAAAUAA